CUCUGGUCUCUUUCUCGCCACUCUCUCUCCCUCAAGCUCUCUCACCGUCUCACGUCACUCUGGUCUCCGGUGUCUCACUUCUCUCUCGGUCUGGCACUCACCGUUUUGGACUCAGCCACUCGUCGCGCUCUGUGUCCUCACAGUCUCAAGCGCAGUCGCCGCCUUCCUGCGCUCGCUUCGCCGGCGGCAGAACCAAACGGAACCAGCUUCCUCACCGUCACCGUUUCGCAACCAACUAGCGUGUGUUCCUUGGAUUGUAUUGGUUUCUGGUGCUAAUGAAGCUCCAAGUGGGUACAGUGCCAUGCAAUCCAACAUAGACAAAAUAACAUUUUCAAAUUCAUGAAACCUCUUCAUUUUUUCAAGUUAAAAGCCUUCGUUUCUUCAAAAAUAAAAACUUUGUCAUCCCCACAAACCCGCUUCUUUUAUGAGGAACUUCUGGGCAAAGCAUUAGACCAAUACCCAGAUAUAAAAACCUUGAAAAGUGUCCACUCCAAGAUUUAUUACCUCAGUUUUCAUGACAACCCAUCUAUAGGAAUCAAGCUCAUGCGAGCAUAUGCUGCUUGUGGUGAACCCUUGUUUGCACGGAAGGUGUUUGACGAAAUUCCUGAGAGAAAUGUUGUGUUCUAUAAUGUCAUGAUUAGAAGUUAUGUCAAUAACCAUUGGUUUGAUGAUGCAUUGCAUGUUUUCAAGGCCAUGGUUAAUGCUGCAUGGAGCUCUGCUGAAGGUUCGGCUUGAUUCAAAUGUGUUCGUUGGGAAUGGUCUCAUUGCAAUGUAUGGGAAAUGUGGUUGCUUGCUCGAGGCAAGGCGUGCUCUAGAUGAAGUGCCAAGCAGGGAUGUUGUAUCGUGGAACUCAAUGGUUGCAGGAUAUGCGCAGAAUAUGCAGUUUGAUGAUGCAUUGGAGGUUUGCCGGGAAAUGGAGGCUUUGAAACAAAAACCAGAUGCAGGUACAUUGGCUAGUCUCAUGCCAGCUGUAAGUAACACAUCAUCUAAUAAUGUUUUGUAUGUUAGGGAUAUGUUUAUGAAUUUAGACAAGAAGAGUUUGGUUUCAUGGAAUGUGAUGAUAGCCACGUAUAUGAAAAAUUCUAUGCCUAGCAAAGCUGUAGAGUUGUAUUUAGAAAUGGAGAAAACUGGGGUAGAACCUGAUGCAAUCACUUGCGCUAGUGUUCUUCCAGCUUGUGGGGAUCUCUCGGCUUUAUUGUUAGGAAGGAGGAUUCAUGAAUAUGUUGAUUGGAAGAAAUUGUGUCCAAAUUUGCUAUUGGAAAAUGCAUUAAUAGACAUGUAUGCUAGGUGUGGAUGUUUAGAUGAUGCAAGAAAAGUAUUUGAUAGGAUGAAACUUCGCGAUGUUGCUUCAUGGACUUCAUUGAUAUCUGCCUAUGCUAUGGCUGGACAAGGUUGUAAUGCUGUGGAACUCUUUACAGAAAUGCAAAAUUCUGGUCUGAGCCCAGAUUCAAUUGCCUUCGUCGCAAUUCUCUCGGCAUGUAGCCAUUCAGGAUUACUAGAUGAAGGGAAAAUCUAUUUUAAACAGAUGACAGAGAAAUAUAACUUAACACCAAGAAUUGAACACUUUGCUUGUUAUGUAGAUCUUUUAGGGCGUGCCGGUCAAGUAGAUGAAGCUUACAAUUUCAUCAAGCAGAUGCCGGUGGAGCCCAAUGAAAGGGUGUGGGGUGCGCUGCUUAGUUCUUGUCGUGUGUACUCCAACAUGGACAUUGGGCUUUUAGCAGCUGACAACCUACUUCAGUUGGCUCCUGAGCAAUCAGGUUACUAUGUCUUGCUAUCCAAUAUUUAUGCAAAGGCCGGAAGAUGGAAAGAAGUUACUGCUGUUCGAUCAUUAAUGAAGAGAAGGAGAAUUCGAAAAACACCUGGAAUCAGCAAUGUUGAGCUGAACAAUCAGGUUCAUACUUUUCUCGCAGGUGACACGUUGCAUCCACAAUCAAAGGAGAUCUAUGAAGAGCUUGGUGUGCUAGUGGGGAAGAUGAAAGAGUUAGGUUAUGUCCCUGAAACCGAUUCUGCUCUUCAUGAUGUGGAGGAGGAGGACAAGGAAUGCCAUCUUGCUGUCCACAGCGAAAAGUUAGCCAUUGUGUUUGCUCUGCUGAAUACUCAAAAUUCUCCAAUCAGAAUCACAAAAAAUCUUCGUGUUUGCGGAGAUUGUCAUAUUGCUGCAAAGCUUAUCUCCAAGAUUGCUGGACGGGAAAUUGUCGUUAGGGACACCAAUCGGUUCCACCAUUUUAAGGAUGGUAUAUGCUCUUGUGGAGAUUAUUGGUGAGUUCCCAGUGAAAGUAUAACUGUAUCCUACAACAUUACAAUAAUUUUGAAAUAUAAUCUGUAUAUGAUGGCAGAGAAUUUAUUUAUUUUUAACAUUUUUUCUUUACAAAUAUACUCAAUUUUU